AUGACAAAACUUCCACAAACCCAAGGAGUGAUCAAUUUCAUCAAGAAGUAUUUGUACAAUUCGACAAAUUAUAAAUUUGAAGAUGGAACAACACAAGCUAUCAACGUCCCUUACCCGGAUUCUGGAGUUUAUGAAAAUUAUAUUCUUCAUUAUCCAGAUGCUACAAGCACUGAAAUUCUUGACAUCAACAUUGAUCAAUUGUACAGUGAAGUGAUGGUUCUCACUGAUGCGAAAAUUGAAAGAGCCUACGAGUACAUUCUCGAAGAAAGAGAUCCAGGAAACUCCACAACCAAUGUUCUGAUUACUGUCGGUGUUGAUGAUCAAGCAGUAUUCGAUGGAAGUGCCACAUCAUAUCUUCAACAACUUCAAAAUGAUUAUGGUUUUCGUUCCAUCGUUGUCUCUAUUGGUUCACAAGCAAACUAUUUGGGUGACUUGGCUGAAAGCAAGGAUUGGUAUUUCACUGCAACCGAGUCCAACUCCCAAUGGGUCGCUGAUCAGAUUUCCCGAAUUAUUUGUCAUUUGUAA